UACUAUAAAUUGCGGAGACGGUGCCCGUAAUUUUCGUUGGGGUCAUUAUCACCGAGCGCACUUGCGCCUGAGGAAAAGAUUCUGAGCGUAGUAUUCAGUACAGUUAUAACUUCGGUGUAAGGCUAACGUCUUCUGCGUCUCUUGCGAAACUUCGUACGAAAAAGUUGUCCCUUUUCUUGUACGUUUACUUACGUUGUACCUAUUUGUUUUGUCAAAAACUUUGAAUAUUAAUAUAAGAUAAAAGGUUUUACAAAAGAAGUUUUAUCGUGCUUCAGACUUUAUUGAUGUUAUGUAUUAAGUAUUUUGAAUGUCAAUUUAACGCUUACAUUUAUGUUAUAUCAAUAUUUAAUAAAUGUUUUGUUAUAAAUUGUUUUAAUUGUAUUAGUUCAAUAUAUUAUACAAGAUCAUAUUAUGUACGGAGUGUGAUACAGUUAUACCAAUAGCGUGCGCGCGCACACACACACACACACACACACAAAAUUUAUAUUAUAUAGUGAAAAGGAAGAGAGAGAAAGAGUGAGUGAGGGUGGGGGAGAGAUAGAAACAGAAUAUUAUAUGAUGAAUUUGUAUAUUCCUUUUAUUUUCAAAAUUUUCUUAACUGAAAUCAAAUAAUGUAACAUAAAAAGUUCGUAUAAGUGCUUAAUGAUUCAUCAAGUUACGAAUAUGAGCUAGAAAAGCAAUAAUUUUAAGAAGAUAGUUUGUUAAUAAUUAAUAUACAAUUGUGGAAUUUUUAUGAGUUCGUGAAAAUACCGAAAAUUUCAAGAAGAUGUUAUGCUUAAAAAAACGGAGGAUUUACAGUGUUACACAAGAUGUUUGCACCGCGAUUCCGAGACAAUCUAAAAGCAAUAAUAAUUAUUACGAAAGAUCCUUGAAUAUGGUUGUUACAACAGUGCCCCGUAAACACAGGACCAGAGAAGAAAAUUCAACCACAAUGGUUCUUACUGUGACCGAGGAUACUCCGGCAGAUAUGUUAACCGGAAGUAUGGAACUUCUGAUUCAAUUGCCUCCCAAUCAUCAUCUUCGUACGCAAAGGAUUACAGUAUUAAGAAGCACGCCAAUGAUGGACCUUCUGAUACAAAUCGCAACUGCCCACAAAUUGAUGGCUUCGAGUUAUACUUUACAAGCGAUCGGUGAAUGUGGCUUAAUUCUACCUCAUCAUCCAAACACUCCUAUAGGAGCAUUAGACGUUCUUCAGGUUAAAUUACUUCCUAAGCAGACCACAUGCGUACGAAAAAUAAAACAAGUCAAUCAACCUUUCGAAACGACGUUUAGAUUACAGGUUCAUCUACCGAGAAAUCAGUUGUACGUGUCAAGAGUCAGUCCAAAGAUGAAUCUUGGAAAAAUCCUGGACGAAGUAUGCCGUGAAAAGAAUCUGGAUAGAAGCAAGUACGAGCUUCGCCAUCCAGUCAAUCUAGAAGAGAUAUUGGAUCUUUCGCUGUCGCUACAGGAUUAUCAUUUACAAGAAGUGACUCUAUAUGCGAAGCAGACUAGAAAUUCGGAGUCAAUAAGUACACAAGAUAUAAUGGCAUUGCAGAGGCAAGAAGAACGAUAUCGACAACAAACCAAAGAAAGCAUGUUUGAUUUCGUGUUCAAAAAGUCUAAAGAAAGUUCUUUGAUUACGGAUGGUCUUAGAAUUCGUAGUGUGUCGCCAGCUAGGAGUGAUGAAACUGUGAGAAGCAUCAGUCCCCUUCAGCCACCAACUCGACCACAGAGAAAAGGGAGACCAGCUCCAAAACCACCUGCCAAUGCUGCGCAGAUAAUUCAUAUAUCCGAGGACAAUAAUAAGGACAAAAGUUUUCGAAAGAAGAGAGUUGCACCUCCUCCGCCAACAUCUAAACCACUUUCAUCAGCUAUUUCCACACAAGCUUUAGAACGCAUUGUCGAUUCCGAGGAAUCAUUAAUAUUUAAAUCUUCGAAACCAUCAUCGGAUAUCGUUUCAUCGUCAAAAGCUAACUUUGACAUUGACUGUCUCAAAGCUAAUUCCGAUGUUGAUGUCAGCACACGAUCUACACGUCAAUCGGAUUAUAAAUUGCAGCCGGGGACUGUAAUUGGGGAUUCAAGCGAAUCUGAUUACGAUGUUCGACAGAAUCAUAUGGCUAAAGCAAAUAUUGACACGUGUUCUAAAUCAGAUUUGACCGUACAUGAACCGGCUAAAGUAAUCACAGAAAGCACCUUGAAAGUAGAACAGACUAAGAUAACAGCAGAAAAAGCAAUUCACGAAGACAUUCCAUUCCCAUCUGAGACUGAUAUUUUGCUGCAGAAGGUAUCAGAUACCUUCUCAAAUGUGCUGCCAACUUCAUCGAUUUCAAUCUUGGAACCAUCACUGCCUCUUGAAACAAGUGAUAAAAACAUUACUGCUGUUUUUGAUGGUGCCGCAACUAAAACAGACUCUGUUGAGAUGAAAAACGAAUUUAAUGAGUCACGCAUCAAUUUUUCAAAAGAAAAUACAAUUGCUAAUACACCAGAUAUAACUUCUAUAAAUUCACAGCAAGACAUUUCCGACUUACCAGCGACGGAUGAGAAUUCGUCGAUUGGCAGUGACUGGCAGUAUCAACUUCCAGCUCCACCGAGUGCCUUUCGCGAUUCGCAUUCCCCUAUUUUCGAAAAUUAUGAUACAGUCUUGCUAGAAUCAGUUGAAACUUCCGUACAGCCGGUAAUGAACCCAACUUCAGAAUUGAUUCAUGUGACAGAUAGUAAUAAUAAGAAUUUGGAAUCAAUAAAAAAUAUAUCAAAUAAUUCAAAAAUGAAUCAUAAUCAGGAAGCUUCAAAUGAGAAUAUUGAUCUCAUAUCUGAAACAGAAAUCAAUAAUAGGCAAACGGUGAAUGAGACUGUUAAACAAGUGUCGGUCACUUCACAAAAUCCAGAGAUUAAUCCGAACUUGCAAAAAGAAAUGAUCUUGGAACUAGAAAAUAAAAUAGAAACUAAUUCGCUGGCGCAAAAUAUCAAUAAAGACUUUGAUCGAAGAAAUAUGGAUAGCUUAUCCGCACCGGAAUUAGCACCCGUAGACAAUACUUUGUCUAACUUCACUAUUACUACUUAUAUCAAACAGAAAAGUCUGGAUAUUUUUGAAGAAUUUGAAGAGUCUAGUCAUGCAAAAAAUUUGGAACAGAAAUUUAUCAAAACAUUCGCCACACUAUCAAGAAAUAAUGCAAAUGCAAAUUAUGGUAAAAGAAGUACAACGAAAAAUACAUGUCUGAAUAAUAAUAUAUCGUUCAACAAAAAGAUGAAAAAUAAAUAUGAAGAACCGAGUACAAAUAACACUGACCACAAAAUGAAACCAAACAUUCAAGAUGAGACGUCUUACAAAUGGCAAUGUUUCAACAUGGCCAAUGAUAAAACAAAUAUUCAACGAUCUAAAAGUUAUAUAUCGAUGCCUAACAACAUUAAAUAUCAAAAAGAGGCACAAGGAACCAAUGUAAAAAGGCAUGAGUCACAAAUUGAACCGGAGAUUGUUAGUAUGAAAAAAGCUAUGAGCAUUACUGAUUUAAAUAUUGAUACGCUAAAGGAUAACGAGAGAAAGUUUUCACAAUGGAGAGAUAAUAUAUUAAAAAAUGAGGAAGAAUUUACCAAAGAGAAGCAAUUACAAUCAUUGCAGGUAUUAAAAAGCAUUUUGCCGCAGUUGAAAAAUGCACAACAGACGGAAGAAAAUGUGUCCAAAAAUUAUAUUAAUGAGUUAUCAAUUCAAAAAACAAAAUACGAGACAAAGUUCAACAAACAAUCGGCCAGAACAGAUGUACUUUCAUCAUGCGAAUCUCAAAAUUCAAAAUCGGAAUGUAAACAAUCGUUAAAAGAAGAAAACACAAAACGCUAUGUUUAUACUGGUCCACCAGCAAUUAGUCUGGGUAGUUGGUUGGAAAGACCAAGCGUUAAUGUUCAAAUCAAGGGAGACACUGAUUACAAAUUGGGAAGAAGCAACACAACCAUUAUCAAUCUCAACGAUACAAAAAACAAGAAAGAAACUGAGAAUUUCAUUGGCAAUGUUAAUACGAAUAAUAUUGAACAUGAAUUUAAAAUUGAUUCCUUAACAAAUAAUAAUCUUGACGAAUUAAGUAAAAAAUUAAUUACAACAUCGAAUUUCAAAACGUCAAAUCAAAUUCACACUGAAUCUGAUUUAACAAAGAACGAAAAUAGACCGAUCGUGAUGGGAGUCGAAUUAAAAAAGACCUUUAUCAAAACGCCAAAGGAAAUAUUGAAAAGUGAUGAAAACGUAGUCGAUACUACACCGAUAAAUUUGAAAGAAUUGACAAACACAUUCGGUCAAUAUGUAAAUUUUAAGCAGAAACCUAAACGCGCUAGUAUUAAUAAAUCUUCAACGGAUCAUCGUAUUACACAGCCGGACGACAUAAAGGAAUUCAUGAACUCGAAUAUCAAAGAAAACAGUUAUACUAGGUUUACGAAGACGAUUAAUCACAAUGAUUUACCGUUUAAAAGUGAAUUUGAAACGCAUAAUGUUCAACAAAACUUACGAGCAAAAAGAUUCACAUCUAUUGUGGAUGUAAAUGGGACAAGUCAAAACCUUGAGUCUCAAAAAGAAAUGCCUCUUCGGUAUAAUAUCAAGAAGGCUAUAACAGUCAAUCCACUGGUGCCUGUUGUAAAAGGAUUCAAGUUACCUGAAGAUUCUAAGACAAAAAAUAAUCAAAUAAAUCAUAAUGGAUUAUCGAUGAUUGACGGUUUCAACAAGAACAUUCAAUUUUCUAAAUCUCCAACCAUGCCAGUGAUAACAGGUGUGAUGCUAAAAAAUGCCAAUGCAAGAUCUAAAUCGAUAUCAGUCGAAUUAGAUUCUAGGGAUAUGCUAUUAGAAUCCAUCCGAAACUUUGGUGGACGUGAAAAAUUAAGAAGUACUGCAGAGAGAUAUACCUAAUUAUGUUUGGCCAUCAAAAAUAUUUAGAGCAAUCUGAAUACAGUGAGGAAUUUUUGUAAUAAUAAUGUUUUAAGAU